AUGCAUUCUCUCAUCUCUACCAUGCACAGCAGCAGCAGCUUGUAUCAUCCUACUAGUAGUAGCUUGCAACAAUGGCGGCUUCAAUGAAUUCGAAGCUUCCCCUGGCUCUUGUGCUCCUCCUGCUGUGCGGCGGCGCAUGCGUAGCGGUAGCCAUGCCCAGUGAAUUGUCCAUAGUUGGCUACUCGGAGGAGGAUCUGGCGUCGCAUGAGAGGCUGAUGGAGCUGUUCGAGAAGUUCAUGGCCAAGUACCGCAAGGCCUACUCCAGCUUGGAGGAGAAGCUGAGGAGGUUCGAGGUGUUCAAGGACAACCUCAACCACAUCGACGAGGAGAACAAGAAGAUCACCGGCUACUGGCUGGGCCUCAACGAGUUCGCCGACCUCACCCACGACGAGUUCAAGGCUGCCUACCUCGGCCUCACCCUCACUCCGGCGAGGAGGAACAGCAACGAUCAGUUGUUCAGGUACGAGGAGGUGGAGGCGGCAAGUUUGCCGAAGGAGGUGGACUGGAGGAAGAAGGGGGCGGUGACGGAGGUGAAGAACCAGGGGCAGUGCGGCAGCUGCUGGGCGUUCUCGACGGUGGCGGCGGUGGAGGGGAUCAACGCCAUCGUGACCGGCAACCUGACGCGCCUGUCGGAGCAGGAGCUCAUCGACUGCGACACCGACGGCAACAACGGCUGCAGCGGCGGCCUCAUGGACUACGCCUUCUCCUACAUCGCCGCCAACGGCGGCCUCCACACCGAGGAGUCCUACCCGUACCUGAUGGAGGAAGGCACCUGCCGCCGCGGCAGCACGGAGGGGGACGACGACGGCGAGGCGGCGGCGGCGGUGACCAUCUCCGGGUACGAGGACGUGCCGAGGAACAACGAGCAGGCCCUGCUCAAGGCCCUGGCCCACCAGCCCGUCAGCGUCGCCAUCGAGGCCUCAGGCAGGAACUUCCAGUUCUACAGCGGGGGUGUGUUUGAUGGUCCGUGCGGCACGCGGCUGGAUCAUGGCGUGACGGCCGUUGGAUACGGGACGGCCAGCAAGGGACACGAUUACAUCAUCGUGAAGAACUCGUGGGGAUCGCAUUGGGGUGAGAAGGGGUACAUCCGGAUGAGGAGGGGCACCGGCAAGCACGACGGCCUCUGCGGCAUCAACAAGAUGGCCUCCUACCCAACCAAGAACGCUUAAAUUAAAUCAGUUUCUUAAUUUCAAGGAUACAAAAUAAUAACACAAGAAGAGGACUCUCUUAAUUCAUCCUGCUUGUAAAGUUCGUUGUUGUUAUCUCGGCACUUCCAAGUGUUUCUCAGUACUCGUAUUCAUUGUUAUUCAUUUUCAAUUCCCAUCCACAUUUCAAGAUUGUUUGUCUCUCAUUAUUUUUCAUCGGUGAAAAUUAAAGAUGGUGAUGGAUAGAUGUAAUAAUUACUGGGAUUCCCUCUU